GGUAAGGGGCACCGGGGCGUUUCAGGCAACACCCACCAGGCACAGCUGUGCCUUACUGUGGGAAUUGGUUCGCCCUAAAUGGGACAACAAUUCCUUUCGAUAUAGGUGGUAUGACAUGUUGAUGCAGUGAAAAUGAAUAAACCCAGAAUGACUACUGAGAAAGGUGUUCCCAGUAACUCCAGGGUGCUGAUGCUCCUGGGCCAGCUGGAGAGAAUGAAUGGGGAGUCCAUGAUGACAGAGGCUGAAAUUGCACGACAGCUGACUGCAAAGAUCCUGCAUCUCAUACAGACACAGGAGAAGACCAGGAAGGAGGUGAUGUCCAAAGGCUCCAGUGGUAUGGAGGUCAUCCUGACUUCAUUGGAGAAUACCCGGGAUCCCCAGACCACCCUCAACAUUCUUUACAUUCUCAGUGAGCUGCUUACUGUGGGUGGAGGUCGUAGGGUGGGAGUGUUUGUGUCUAAAGGAGGGACAGGCAUUUUGCUCAAGCUGCUGAUCACUGCCAGUAAAGAGUCCCCACCCAGCGAGGAACUCAUGCUGCAGCUCCACUCACUGCUGGCCAAAGUUGGACCAAAAGACAGAAAGUUUGGAGUGAAGGCACGUUUGAAUGGAGCACUGAACUUCACUGUCAGCUUGGUGAAACAGAAUCUGCAGAAUGCCAAACUGCUACUGCCCUGCCUGCAGGUCCUCAGGGUCUAUUCUACUAAUUCGGUCAAUGCUAUUUCUCUCGGAAAGAAUGGGGUGGUGGAACUCUUGUUUAAAAUUGUCGGGCCAUACAGCAAGAAAAACACCAGCCUGCUCAAGGUGGCUCUGGACACACUAGGAGCUCUGCUCAAAUCCAAAACCAAUGCUCGCCGUGCGGUCGACCGUGCCCAGGUGCCCGUCCUACUGGCAUGCUACCAGGACUGGCACCGCAACGACACUAGACAGCGCCACAUGCUGAUCCGCAAAGGCCUGCUUGCCUGCCUUAGAAAUAUCACCAACAUCAAAGUUGGCAGGAAGGCUUUUAUUGAGGCUGAUGGCAUGAGGGUACUCUACAACACUUCCACAGAGUGUCUUCCAGUGCGAACUCUGGAUCCUCUGGUCAACACCUCCAGCCUCAUCAUGAGAAAGUGUUUUCCAAAGAACCGGCUUCCUCUGCCCACCAUUAAAUCAGCUUUCCACUGUCAGCUGCCCAAUGUCCCAGCUGGAGGGCCUGUGGCACAGCUGUACAACCAGCCACCUGGGGUGGAUGACGUGGUGGAUGAAAGUGAUGAUAACGAAGAGACUGAGGCAGAUACAGAGAAUGACACAGAGAAUGAAGAGGAUGAGAAGAAUCAUCACACCAUGAAUGAUGACAUAGAGACAGACUUGAACAAGCUGCGUCCCAAUGAGUACCACAGUCGUCCAUUUGAGGAGCUGAGGGUCUAUGAGAGGUUCUUCCUGGAGCUAUCUGAAGACUUCCAGGGUUAUAACUUUGACAGUCCAAAGACUGGCUCCACCACAUCAUCAUCAUUCUCUUCUUCAUCCACCAAAACCCCUCGGCCAAUAAUAGUGCCCACUGCUCAAGCUUUGCCGCCUAAAUGCAGCCCUGUACCCACCUCUGAGCUGGACUGCCACCUCUCCAAAGGACAACAAACCCACCCUCCUUCCUCUGUUUCUCCCACCACACCCCUUCCCUCUAGCCCUGCUCCCAUUCCACCUCUACAACUGGAAAACAUCCACCUCUCCACGGACCAAGAAAAAAGAGAUGAUGCACACAUGCCAUCCCCGAACAGGCACACAACCCCAUCCUCCCAGGCCAUGCUACCCACUGAAGGUGCAGCACUUGAGCAGGAGCUGGUGCGUGUGCUUGAGUGUGUCGCUCUAGAUGGGAAGGAGCCUCUGAAUGGAGGAGGACAAGGAGUCGAAGGGGGAGGAUCCCCCGUCAAUGCUACGAGGCACAUCCAGUCUCCUCUGGUAGUGGGGGGCAUUGCUGCACGCCGUGUUGGAGGGGGAAGCGCAGGAGGUUCAGACUGUGGUUCAGAGGGUCCGGAAGAGGACGGAAGUGAAGGAGCAGUUCUGGAGGUCCCAGACACGGCCCUGCUCCUCCCACUUCAUGACCCUGACUUAUACGUGGAAAUGGUGAAGGGAACACAUUCGGUGCCCCAGUACUCCGAAGUAGCUUAUCCAGACUACUUUGGACAUGUAGCCCCAACUUUUAGGGAACCCCAUCUGGAGAGGGUUUACGGUGUUCAGAGAUCUAAGAUAUUUCAAGACAUUGAGAGGUUGAUUCAUCCCAAUGACAUCUUGGAUAAAGUAGUUUAUGACCUGGACAUUACCAGUUGUCCUGUGAUCAACGAUAAUGGUGAGUCGCUGAAGUUCAACUCUAAAUUUGAGUCUGGCAACCUCAGGAAGGCUGUUCAAGUCAGGAAGCAUGAGUAUGACCUGGUGCUUAACUCGGACAUCAACAGUAACCACUACCACCAGUGGUUCUACUUUGAGGUGAGCGGCAUGCGUGUUGGAACGUCCUACCGUUUCAACAUCAUCAACUGUGAGAAGUCUAACAGCCAGUUCAACUAUGGUAUGCAAGUCUUGAUGUAUUCUGUGCAGGAGGCAAUCAAUGGCAGGCCUUGUUGGGUCAGAACAGGAGCAGAUAUUUGUUACUACAAGAACCAUUUCUCAAGGAGUUCCAUUGCAGCGGGAGGUCAGAAAGGGAAGUCCUACUAUACAAUGACCUUCACCACAUCCUUCAGCCACAAAGACGAUGUUUGCUACUUUGCCUAUCACUAUCCUUAUACAUACUCUUCUCUAAAGAUGCACCUGUCUAAGCUGGAGGCGUUGAGGACUCCUCACAUCUACCUGAGACAGGAUGUCCUGUGUGAAACUCUGGGAGGAAACAGCUGCCCCCUCCUCACCAUAACUGCCAUGCCUGAGUCAACCUCCAAUGACCACAUCUGUCAGUUUCGAAACCGUCCAUUCAUCUUCCUGUCUGCUAGGGUUCACCCUGGAGAGACCAAUGCUAGCUGGGUGAUGAAGGGCACACUGGAAUUCUUAAUGGGCACCAGCCCAUUGGCACAUAGCCUGAGAGAGGCUUACAUCUUCAAGAUAGUCCCUAUGCUCAACCCUGAUGGAGUUGUCAAUGGAAAUCAUCGUUGUUCUCUUAGUGGAGAGGAUUUGAAUCGACAGUGGCAGAACCCCAACCUUGAGCUCCACCCAACCAUCUUCCACACCAAGAGCUUGCUGCAGUACCUCAAACAUAUACAGAGGACACCACUGGUCUACUGUGACUACCAUGGCCAUUCCCGUAAGAAAAAUGUUUUUAUGUACGGCUGCAGUGUGAAGGAGACCGUCUGGCAGUCGAAUGUCAGUACCACCUCCUGUGACCUGCAUGAGGAUCUUGGAUACAGGACCCUGCCAAAGGUCCUAUCCCAGAUGGCCCCAGCCUUCAGCAUGUCCAGCUGCAGUUUCGUGGUAGAGCGCUCCAAAGAGUCCACUGCACGUGUGGUUGUAUGGAGGGAGAUAGGAGUACAACGUAGUUAUACCAUGGAAAGCACACUCUGUGGCUGUGACCAGGGCAAGUACAAGGGUCUUCAGAUUGGCACCAGGGAGCUAGAAGAGAUGGGAGCCCAAUUCUGUGUGGCCCUGCUCAGGUUGAAGAGGCUGACCUCUCCCCUGGGGCUCCGCAACCACCAGCACCUGCUGGAUGUAGAGAGUGAUCUCAUGGAGACACGCUGUAAAGUGGCCAGCAGCCCAACCACAUAUGUGAUGGAGGAGGAUGAGCCUUCCUUCCUGGAGGAUGUGGACUAUAGCGCAGAGAGCAAUGACGAAGAUCCCGAUCCUGAAAAUGACCUCCAGGAAAACCCUGUCCGCCUCGACCAGCUGUCUGACACAGAGACCAACCACAGGGAAUAACCUUGACCCCUGGGCUAGGGUGGGAAAUUAACACCACACAAAUUAUUGUACAUUUUCUUACUGUGGCUGGUGUGUUUAGCCAUACUACUAUAGCUGCUUUGGCAUAUAACCAGUCAUUGAAUGGCUCAGCAUUUUCUAAUCUUAAUCAAUUUGACUAGUCAAACAGUAACUGUGGCUAGUAAAUAAUUGGAAUCUGCUUGUUACAAUGGCUGGUUUUGCAAUGUUAGUUUCCCUCCUUGCCUCCCUACCACCACGCUUCUGACCCUACUUCCGGUACUGUAGCGAUAAAGGGCACUACUUUGCAAUAGUUCUGGGUUAAACAUUGCUUUGUUACUUUCUGAAAAGGAUUCAUUUGCCUUUUCCUGACAAAGGUUUAAUCUUGUCUGGCACAUUGGAGCCAACUGGCUCAAUGAAGAUGCAAACCCUGCCUACCUUUCAAUCUGAAAAAAGCAAAAAUUAACUGCUGAAUAAGAAGCUUAAAGGGUUUCAAUCAAUGCUUGUUCCAGGAGUCACCCUGGCAUUAUAAUGUUCUCACCUGAACUUUAACCCUUGACCCAUAACCUUGACCUCAGACACCAUUGAGCCUCUUAGAUUCACAUAGCUAGCCAGAACACCAAACAAUGGGCACUCUGUCCAGUGAUCUUUAACUUGAAUCCUUGCCUGACUUACUAGACUGAAGCAUGUAGACUUCACCCACAAGCUUCAGGUAUUUUACACAACCUAUCUUGCAAUACAGGUAUGGGACAAUGUUGUGGUUUGUGGUAGCAUCAUAUAACCAGUGGGUUCUAUGGACUGAUUCUUCCAAUUACGUGACAGUUUAUUAUAAUCUUUCUGGGAAGAUCAAAAAGGAACCCCCCCCCGCCCCACAUGCACGCACACACACAAAUUGGGUACUGAGCCAGUCUUUGAAAAUCACUCGAAGAGAAUGCAGGAAACUGGAACUCUCCGAAUGACUGACUUGACUGAUUCACAGAUCCAAACAACCUGUCUUUUAUUUAUUUCCCCUUCCUUCAUUCACCAUGCACUUUAUCUUUUCUUGAUACUCAAUUCCUCUCCAUUUGUGUUACUUCCUCCCUCCCUCUAUCUUCUCUCUUCAAAGUCAAGGUAGUGGUGACUAGAUGGUAUUGUAAUAAUGACCACACAGAAGGUGUGGACAAGCCACAUUGUAUUUACUAUAGGUAGCUGUAUCCUGGAAGUUUUCCUUUUAGCAGUGUCAUCCCACCUAGACCAUGCUCAGGUUAGUUGUUCUUCACCCAUGGCUAUUCCCCUUACUCACUAGCUAACUGCUAGUUUCCACAACUCUGUAACACCUCUUUCUGAUUGUGGUGCUCCAUGCUCUGUAUGCCUUGCUUAUCCAAAACUGAAAUAUAUUUUGAAAAUGCACAACUAUGGAAUGUUCACGUCUUCAAUAAAACAACGUGUUAUAUGGUACAUUACAUGAAGUGCACACAAAUACAUCUCAAAUCCACAGAACUGGUCAUUGUGUUUGCGUACUUUGGUUUAUGACUUCUGAAUCAUUAUCCAUGCAAUUAAACAACACACACACACUAUGUCACAUUUUCACAAGGAGAAACAAUAUAAAGAUGAAACAGUAGUGUAGCAGUAAUGCACAAAUAGCACGAACUGCUGAGAGAAGAAAACUAGUUUGCACUGGAUAUAAUGUAUGUUACACAUGUCAAACAUUGACAGUAAACAGAACAAACAAAAGCAAACCAUCACCUUACAGGAACAAAAUGUUUGGUUUUGCACACCUCACCUAAAGUCACCUCACCAGGUCAAUGUUCUGUUAGCCCAGCCCAAAGCUUGUAUUAUUGUUGUUAUAAUAUUAUUUCAAAAGUGGUACUGGAACCUGUUUUUCCCCUCCUGUCUGUAUGUAAGCUUAAUAGAUUUGCUUGUGAAAGAGACCCAUUUGAGACAAAAGGAUGGUGCUUCUUGCUCAGAGUACACUUAAUUUGUUGAUGAAGGUAGUAAGAAAGCUUUUUUUCCCCCCAUUUUGUUUGGGCAUGGCUAUUUUUUUUUUUGCUUCUUAUUUUGUAAUUUAUACAUAUGUAUUUAAGUGGACAACUUGUAUGUAUAUUAAGUUAGUGUGUGCGUGCAUUUCUGAUCGGUUGUUUUUAUCCUAAGUUAUUGUUUCAGCUCAUUGCAAAGAACACAGGACGCUGUGUGAGUUUGUGCACUUCCGUGACAAAGUAUGAAGCGUAAUAUAUAUGAUGAGUCAAUGUCAUAUAUAAUGAGUCAAAGUCAUAUUGUAAUACAAACUAGAAAGUCUUUUCCUGUGCUUGUGUGUUAGUUAGCAGGAGUUUAAAGUUUUUAUUUGUUGUUGACCAUAGUGCUGGGCAGCUAAAGGUAUGCACAUUUUCGGAGGGGUUAUUUAACAAGCUAAAAUAGCAAAGACUUAAGUUGAUUGUAACACAUGCAUUGGAGCCUAUUACAAAAUUGUGAGUAAUAAAAUGUGAAUGUAAAAAAUUAAA